AGUGCUUCAAUAUUGGUUUGAAUGCAGACUAGUACUAUUCUAAUAACGUCGUGGCGAACUUCGAUUCUUCAUCCUCAGCACCACAGAGUAAGCCGAAUGCUCCCUUCUCCCGAAAACAUCCUUUUCCAACACUAACACCGAUCCAGCCCAACUCAACCGCAGCUCCAACUGCAUCUGGAUUGACAAAGAACGCCUCCAACAAUCUCCGCUUCCAAGGCUUCUCCUACCACAUCCUCGACUUCAGCUCCUCAAAGAACGCAGACACCGACGACCGCGCCCAGCGAUACCACGACCAGCCCGCCACGAUGUGCAAAAGCGAUGCACGCUUCAAGCCCUGGCCCAAAAAUCGCAAAAGACACGGCCAUCCCCAUCUUCUACGACCUCAUCCACCACAACGCCGACAACAGCGACCAGGACCCCAAGGCCGUGCUCGACAAGAAGCGGUGGCGCUACAAGGUCAAGCACAGCAAGAACAAGGACGGAUGCAGCUCAACUCCCCCUUCGAAACGCGAGGCGAAGCCCUCGAACGCCAAUCCUGCACCGCCGUUCAUGGCGGGCCCUGUUGUGAGGAGCCACCACGAGGACCACAAUGCGACGCAUUUGUGUAGUAGCAGGACUUCGAAAGGACCGGAUGUUGUGUCGCUGACCGAGGGCGGCUUCUGCGAUAUGGAGAAGAAGCAGGUAUGGCCGCUGUGCUCAAAGGAGGUCUUGAGUGGCUGUUUCGACGUUGAUGCGAAUAAGAUGCGGCCUGGACCGCGCGGGCGGAUGGAUCUGGAGGGUCGUAGGAUACCGUAUAAGUCGUAUCAUGAGGAGAUCAAGUGGGGUGGUGCUGGUUGAAAGAAGCGAGUUGGAUGGAGGUUAACAGCCACGUGACAGCCACGUAACUCUCAAUGGUGUCAUCUUAAAACAAGUCAUGUUACAGUCAAGCUUCGUAGAUUAGUACACAUUCAGCCCGAUGAUUAGCUCU